UUUGACCGGAAGUGACGCGUCAACGGAUAUUACGUAUACGGAAAGACUUGCGCUAUCUGUCAUGUGAUGAACGCACAUAAACAAGUCGAGAACUUUUAUGAAAUCACGCAUUUUUAAAGGAGAAUUACUCAACCCAUUACAAUAAAUAUGGCAGAUAAUCUGCGGAGCUAUCUGUAUAAACAACUGCCAAGUGUUGAAGGGCUUCAUGCAAUAGUGGUAACAGAUAGAGACGGAGUUCCUGUAAUCAAAGUUGCCAAUGACAAUGCACCUGAAUAUGCACUGCGACCUGCUUUCUUAUCUACUUUUGCCUUGGCGACUGAUCAGGGCAGCAAGCUGGGCUUGUCCAAAAAUAAGAGCAUCAUUUGCUAUUAUAACACGUAUCAGAUAAUACAGUUCAACCGAUUACCCUUAGUGAUAAGCUUCAUCGCAAGUAGUAAUGCCAACACAGGUUUGAUCUUCAGUCUUGAGAAGGAGCUUGUACCCCUGAUAGAAGAAUUAAGGCAGGUUGUGGAAGUAGCUUAGAGAUGGGUUAACUUCUACAAUGUUGUAGCUCAUAGAUAUGUACAUAUAUAUAUAUUAUGUGGGCUUGUGUGUUGGAUUUUGUCUUAUUGCUGUGUCUCUUAUGAAUGUAACCCUUUGUUUUUGUGUCUUUAUUAAUAAACAAGUCUUUGGUUUAAAAAAAUA